CUUUCGUAAUUUACAAAAUAUCUCUUUCUUAAUUUGACUGCAUUAAAUUUUUAAUUUUUGCCCUAAUUUAUUUUAGGAUUGACAUGGCUCAUGGUUUAUCGAACAGAAAAGUACCAAAAGUUAAAAGCUGAAGUUGAGAGACAGAGUAAACGAUUGGAAAAGAAAAAGGAAGUUCAUGGUGAUACUGUUGACCGACAACAAAAGAAAAAAAUUGAAAGAGAAGAGGAAAAAUUGAAAAAUAACAACAGAGAUUUAUCAUUGGUAAAAAUGAAGUCAAUGUUUGCCAUAGGUUUUGCAUUCACAGCUUUACUUAGUAUGUUUAAUUCCAUUUUUGAUGGCCGUGUUGUUGCAAAACUCCCUUUUAUACCCAUUGGAUGGAUUCAAGGAUUAUCUCAUAGAAACCUCAUAGGCGAUGAUUAUAGUGAUUGUUCCUUUAUUUUUCUAUACAUAUUAUGUACCAUGUCUAUUAGGCAAAAUAUCCAAAAAUUACUAGGAUUUGCACCAUCAAGAACUGCUAACAAACAGAGUGGGAAUAUUUUUACCCCAGCUGCACAGCCAAUUAAAUAACAUUUUUUAUAAAUAAAGAAAUUAGAUUUUAAUAGUGUAAUCUUUUUUUGGUAAAUAGAAAUUCAUUCAUACAAAAAUCUUUUUUACCUGUAUUUAUUCAUUUUACUCUAAAUAUAGAUAUGUGGUAAACAAUAAAAAAUAUUUCUUUUUAUUACUUUUAAUAUGUUCAUAUUAAAACAACAAAAGCACUAUCUGUAGAAUUUAAUAAAAAUGCCAUUGUUUUGCUAAACUUUUGUAUGUUUUGAAUGAAUAGUAUUUCUAACAAAGUCAUUAUCAUAUUUAAAUAAAAUCUUAUUUAUCAUUUGA